ACUAAGGUUUAUCAAGGAAUUGCGCUUCCUGUUUUUGUUGGAGUUGUGUGUUCAGCUGUUCGGAGGAGCCCCUUGUUUAAAUAUUUAAAACGUUUUGAGGAGUAGGCAGCAUUGUAGCCACGCUGGGAUAUCCAAAGUGGUGUUUAAAAACAGAGUGUGCUUCCCAGGAAAAUCACUGCAAGGAGUUCCCACAUGGGUAGAAAGUCUGCCUAGAUCCUGAUGUCUGCCUAUAAGAGGACCACGUUUGAGGAGGAUGACCUUGUGGACUCUCCCAUAGAUGACGUGUACCCUAACGGGAUGCAGGUAAGUUUUAGUGGCCCAAGCCGCAAUCGGAGAUGCUGGUCAGACCGGACGCACGUUGAGAAGAAGCUGCUAGUAAUCGUGGGAGUGCUGUCUGUCUGUCUGCUGGCCUGUAUAUUCGUUCUGGGCAUGCACUACAGGAAUGCUCAACCCCAACUCUGCCUGUCUGAGUCCUGUAUCAAGGUUGCUAGCUCUAUCCUGGGCUCUCUGGACCGCACUGUGGACCCCUGCCAGGACUUUUACUCCUUCGCCUGCGGGGGCUGGGUGCAGGCCAACCCCCUGCCCGAUGGCCACUCCCGCUGGGGCACCUUCAACAACCUGUGGGAGCACAACCAAGCCAUCAUAAAACACCUGCUCGAGAACACCACCAUGAACGGGACGGGCGAGGCUGAGCGCAAAGCACAGAGGUACUUCCAGUCCUGUAUGAAUGAGCAGAAGAUAGAGGAGCUGGGAGCACAGCCCCUCAAAGACCUGAUCAACCAGACUGGGGGCUGGAAUGUGACUGGUCACUGGGAUAAAGAUAACUUCCAGGAGGUGCUGCGCAUCGUCUCUGCACAAUACCGCACCUCGCCCUUCUUCUCUGUGUACGUCAGCACAGACGCCAAGAACUCCAACAGCAACAUCAUCCAGGUAGACCAGUCGGGGCUGGGAUUGCCCUCUAGAGAUUACUACCUCAACAAGACUGUCAAUGGGAAGAUACUGACGGCCUACCUGAACUUCAUGGUGGAGCUGGGCGUGCUCCUGGGGGGAGAGGAGGCCUCAACACGGGAGCAGAUGCAGCAGGUCCUGGACUUGGAGACAACCCUCGCCAAUAUCACCAUUCCUCAGGAGGAGCGCAGAGACGAGGAGCUCAUCUACCACAAAGUCAAGGCCAGAGAGCUGCAGGCUCUGGCCCCGGCAAUAGACUGGAUGCCUUUCCUCUCAGCUGUGUUUGCCCCUGUGCAGCUGAACGAUUCGGAGCCGGUGGUCGUUUACGCACCAGAGUACCUGCAGAGAGUCUCGGAUCUCAUCAACACCACCGACAAGAGCAUCCUCAAUAACUACAUGAUCCUGAAUGUUGUGCGCAAGACUGCCUCCAGCCUGGACCACAGAUUUCAGGACGCAGAAGAGAAGUUUCUUGAGGUCAUUUAUGGGAUCAAGAAGAGCUGCACCCCCAGGUGGAAGCUGUGUGUUAGUGACACGGACAGCGCCCUGGGAUUCGCACUGGGAGCCAUGUUUGUGAAGGCCACCUUCGCAGAAGACAGCAAGAAGAUUGCUGAAGAGAUGAUUACUCAAAUUAAAACAGCCUUCGAAGACAGUCUGCAGUACGUGGGCUGGAUGGAUGUGGAGACCAGGAAAGCUGCUAAGGAAAAGGCCGAUGCAAUCUACAAUAUGAUUGGGUACCCCAAAUUCAUCAUGGAUUCCAAGGAGCUGGAUAAAGUGUUUAAUGACUACACAGUGGUGUCAGAGCUCUACUUCCAGAACGUGAUGCAGUACUACAACUUCUCUGCGCGGGUGACUGCCGACCAGCUGAGGAAAGCGCCCAACCGUGAACAGUGGAGUAUGACCCCUGCAACGGUCAACGCCUACUACUCCCCCACCAAGAACGAGAUGGUCUUCCCUGCCGGGAUCCUGCAAGCCCCCUUCUACACCAGGACCUGGCCCAAGGCACUUAAUUUUGGUGGGAUCGGAGUUGUCAUGGGGCACGAACUGACCCACGCUUUUGAUGAUCAAGGCCGCGAGUAUGACAAGGAGGGGAACCUGCGACCCUGGUGGAACAACGCAUCCAUCGAGGCCUUCAAGAAGCAGACAGAGUGCAUGGUGGAGCAGUACGGGAACUACAGCAUCAACCACGAGGCCAUGAACGGAAAGCACACACUGGGAGAGAACAUUGCCGACAACGGGGGACUCAAGGCUGCCUACAAGGCCUAUGAGAGCUGGACCAGGAAGCAUGGGGAGGAAGAGGAGCUUCCAUCGCUGGGGUUGACCAAUCAACAGCUGUUCUUUGUUGGUUUUGCACAGGUGUGGUGCUCCGUUCGGACUCCAGAAAGUUCCCAUGAGGGCAUGAUAACGGACCCCCACAGCCCAUCGCGUUUCCGAGUCAUUGGCACAGUGUCUAAUUCUCAGGAAUUCUCUAAGCACUUCCACUGUCCAGCUGGCUCACCCAUGAACCCUACCAGGAAGUGUGAGCUCUGGUGAGCCUACCCUCACCCCUCACCCCUCACCUCCCCCACUCCACUCUCCUCUUCCUGGACCAGCACAGAAAGCCACGGGCUGGAUUCCAUACAAAGAGGCACUGAAUCCUUGCCUUUCCAGGACUGCAGACAAUCUUCAGAACCACUAUGACCUUAUCCGUUCAGGUGUCAUUCGGCGGUUUUUUCAAUAACCAAAAUAAUAUAUAUAUAUAUAUAUUCUUUUUGAACUAUGUGAACAUUUUUGACAAACCAAUUCUCUAAAUGAAAAAGAGAAGAAAAAAAAACACUGGAUACUGCAACAGAAAAAUGAUGUUUGUUUGUUUUUUAAAGAAAAGUAUUUAUUUUCUGACAUUUUAAUAUCCAUGGAUUCUUAAUUGUGUCACCAACCCCAUCUUGGAAUUCUCUGUUCUGUCUUCAUAAGCCAGGCUGACAAGUGUGAUUUCUGUAAGUACCAUGAAGGUGUCGCUGACAAAACUGGAGAGAUCAUACAUACAGCAGCUGGUAAUAGUUGAAAACCUGGCUGUAGGUCCAUGCAUAUUUCAACAGGAUAGCUAGGGCAAGUUUCUGUAAGAUGGGAAUUUGCCAUGCAUAUAUUUGCAGAAAUAAGCUUGUCUAUGUCCACAUUAUUAUUUUUUCCAUGAUUUUACAAAUCCUAUGACGGCCCAUUUCUGCAGUUGUGCUCACUUUAACAGUUACUGCUUUGCAUCCAUUUUUGCCAUGUGACCUCUAUCUUUAAACAAUAUCAUCUUUCAUAAUUAUAAAAUCUCAGUAGUUAAAAUAUGGUGCUCACAUAAAGAAAUGGAUACAGAGUAGAAAAAUGUACCUUAAAAUAAUCAAGAUUGACAACCAUAAAUUCAGUACACAUCGAAAAAUUAGGAAAGUGGUCAUAGACAUGUUAAUGUCUUCAAAUAUACCUUAUGGUAGUUACAUUAAAUGUGAAACAACUUCUAUACUAAGUAUUUCAUUUUUGUCUGACACUGUUAUGCAAAAUUCCCAUCGUAUAGACCCUUGUCCUUUUCGGGCUUGUUUACAUUUUCACCAGGAAAAAAAUAUUUUCAGAAAAUCUAAAUUAAUUUUUAAAAUUGUAAAAAAAAAACAAAACAAAAAAAAAAAACAGAUGAGUGAGGGAAGUCUGUUCUGGUACCUUAUCGACAAUGUCUUAAAAAAAGACUACCUUUUCUUUUUGUUAUGGUGCACAUUUAGUUUUUUUUUUUUUUUAUUUAAGCAUUGUUAUAUCAAACUUAACUGAAACAGAAGACUGCCCUAACUUUUUUUUUUUUUUUUCUGAAAUGAACUAUAACUCUAAAGUAACAAUUUUAGACUCCGUUCAAACCACUAAAUUAAAUGUCUGAGAUGUUUUUUUUUUUCUGUUCUGGUGUGUGCUAAUGUGGUUUUGAGUAAAUACGCGAAGUGUACAGUGAGCUUUUAUAUGACUCAAAACAGCUUUCAAGACUGCAUAGGUCUCCAUUGAGAGAGAAAAAAAAACAACAUUCAUAUCGGUUUCAUUUCCUGUUUUGAAUACAAAGCAAAGCAAAUUUACAACUUUAAAUCAAGCCUCCUACCUUGUGAUUCUGUGGGUUAAUUUGGUUUGAGAAAACCGUAGACUGUGGUAGCAAUCUUCAAAUCUUUUGUUUU